UGCCGCCGGUCUCAGCGCGGCACCAGGCGGGAGGAAGGGAUUCCCCUGCUCGUCGCCUCUCCGCGUCCGCGUCUUCCAGCCCCAAUAAAAAACCAAAAAAAAACAAAAAAAAAGAAAGAAAUGGGAAAAAAGAAAUUAAAGGAAAACAGCGUUUUCAGAGUUUUAAACGAGUCCAGCUUGAGUCUAACCCGGAUUUAUUCAAGCAGAGCGCAAGUGGCGGCCGCGCCGCGGAGCAGCCGGGAGGACGCGCCGCACCAGCUGAUGAGGGAGCCUCCGAAUGACGUCGAGAUGGCUUUAGGUGGGACGCUUCUGCCAUCCAUUUCCACGUUUGCCAGCGGCCCCAUUGACAGGAGUUUAUCCACAGGAAGUGCCAACCUAAAAUGGAAGGAGGAGCUGUUCCAUCUUAGGAGAUCCACCGUGCCAGCAGGAAGUAGCUGCCCCGUCCCGGACCAUCCCACCGCCAUCACCAUGACAACCACCAGCAUGUGCAAGAAAGACUCCGAGCCAGACCUGGAUUUAGACUACGAUUUCAUAUUGUCCAACUGUAUUCUGCAGCAGCAGCAGCAGCAGCAGCAGCAGGAGGAGGACGCCAUGGCGUGCAGCUCCGGCCAGGCGCUGUCUCCUUCCCCCGGAUCUUUCUCCUCAUCUUAUCAGCUUUCCUCCCCUCAAGACUCGGCCAACGAGCUGCUCUACACCAUCCCAGACAUCAGUGACGUUUCCCCCUCCGGAGGUUUUGUGGCAGAGCUCAUGAGGCCGGAGUUGGACCCCGCGUACCUGCACCCGACCAGCCUGGACGGGAAGCUGGUGGUGAAGACGACCAUGGACAUGGGAGAAUACGGCCAGGGCAUGAACCUGAGCAAGGCCGGCAGCGUUAGCGCGGACCCGGCUCCCCCUCGCGCCUCGCUGACGUUCACCUGCCUGAGGAUAAAGCAGGAGAACCCCGGGAACUGCACCAUCUCGCAGCCCGUGGACCUGCACCUGGCCGGGGUCAACCUGCAGGGCCGGGGGGGCCCGGGGGGCCCGGGGGGGCCGCAGCGCCCCGGACACCUGGACCUGCACGGGUUCCCCGGCGGAGGGCGGCCCAUCACGGCCGGCGGACGGCUGUCCUCCUCCUCGUCGUCCCUGUCCCCGGACCAGCACCAGCUGGGGCACCCCCUCACCCAGAUCCCACUACCUCCGCAGGGAUACCACCACGGCUCCUCGCAGGGAUACCCCUCCUACCCGCAGGCGCCGGCCAUGCAGUACCCAGAGACCCUCAUGAUUGCCGGAGGGGACUGUUUGCCGGAGGAGCCGAAGCCUAAACGUGGCCGGCGCUCCUGGCCGAGGAAGAGAGUGGCGACACACACAUGUGACUACGUCGGCUGUGGGAAAACUUACACGAAGAGCUCCCACCUGAAGGCACAUCACCGCACACACACAGGGGAGAAGCCGUACCACUGCGACUGGGAGGGCUGCGGCUGGAAGUUCGCACGCUCGGACGAGCUCACGCGCCACUACAGGAAACACACGGGUCACCGGCCGUUCCAGUGUCAGAAAUGCGACCGGGCCUUCUCCAGGUCGGACCACCUCGCCCUGCACAUGAAGAGACACCUAUGAGGCCCGACUCCAAGGACCAGAGAACAACACUUUGAAGAAGUUGAAGGCUCCAGUAAAAGAAAAGGCAAAACCUCUCUAAUACAUACAUAUGUUUGCAGAGACCUGAACAAAAACUUGCGCUUUUUCUCUCCUUUUUUUUAAAAACCAUAACUUGCCUUCAAGCCGGAAAUAAGACAAGCUGUGGUGUCCAUGGCAAAAGCAUUAAUCCUUUUUAAGAGCCUUUCUCAAGACAUUGUGCAGGUGACUCGACGAGACCUCUCAGCCAGGGUUGUACAUUUUUUUUAUAAAAAAAGGGACCAAACUGGAAUUUGUCUUAUUUAACCGACAAACCUUGGAGGAACCAGGUGCCAACGGCUUCAAACUGGAAAACGUCAGGGAAACCAGGAGCAACAGAAGAAACAUCUCCAGAGGCCUUUCCCCCAUCACGGGCUCUGUUAAACACACACUGUUCAGAAAUACUAUAUUAUUAAACACCCCCGAUAUUUAUAUUCACAUUUCACCUGCAACUCCAUUGACUCCCGGUACAAUGAUAAUUUAUACCGAACGGUGCUCCGCAACUUUGAAGGGUUUUUUUUGUUUGUUCCUGAAUAAAAAGGUACCAAAGAACAAGGAAUAUAAAUGAUGGGGUGAAAAAAGUGCCAUAUAGCUGUUAUUAUGUGUUUUUUCGUAAAAACCUCUCUUCCACAAUCUGACUUCAGGUGAACACUUCCAUUUUUUUAAUUUUUUUUUUAAAUGGUGAUUGCAAUCUCCGAUGCACUGCAGCUGCAAAGUGCAAUAAUUUAUAUGAGACAUUCAUAUUUUUGUAUUGAAUGAGUAACUCUGAACAAAGCCUUUUGUUUAUAGCCAAAAUAUAUAAUAUAAUCUUAAAUUUUUGUAUAUUUGUAAAUAAAAUGCUUUGUUAUUGAUCUGUAUUUUGCAGCAUAAUAAAAAUCCAAUGUAUUUGAAGUAAGAAAAUGACCCUUCCAUUGUCUUAUGAUAAAAAUAUAUGAUAAUAAGCAGUACUCGAGUUGUAAAAAAAAAAUCAGGGGGGAUGGUGGAUUUUAUCAUAUGGGGACAGAUAAUUUGUGCCGAUUACAAAUAAUAUAAUAUAUAACAAAUAAUAGCAGUGACCAAAACAGCUGCAGAAAUACUGCAGGAAUGACAUAGCAGCAGUUAAAUGCAG